GUUUGUUUAAUAUUCCAGCUGGGAGCAACCGCGCCUCAUUGCUACUGUAUAGCCGACACAGGGCGAGCCCUGUUUUGAAUUUCUUUGUGUUUAAGUGUAGAAUGACAGUGCUGAGAAAAGAGAAAACCGGUCGGAGGAGGUAAACGGGUUCGGGCCUCGGCUGGAGGAGCUGGUGUGACGUAGCAGUCCACCAACAGAAACACACAGACAGACACACGCCACACACCGGCUGCUGCUGCGCCUGCCACAAUCUCAAUGUGGGGAAAUGACCGCGAGUGACCUCAAAGAAAACACUGCAUUUUAGCGACGGCUCGCAUUUCCAUUUUAUACAUAAUUAUAUAAAAAAUGCGCGUUACAUUUUAGCGUGAUAUUCUAUGGUAACAUACGUUACAUUUCGGAAAAGGAUACGGUUUAGCUGCUCGCGCUACUGUCUCAUUAGCUUACAAGCAGUAGGGCUAACAUUAGCUAGCUAAGCUAAAGUAGCCGGGCUAGCUAGUACAUUUGUCUUUCCUGCAGAUGCUAGGCUAGGCUAGCUGCUGCCAUGGAUAAAGCCAAGUCAAUGAUCGACAAGAAAGGAGCGUCGGGACCCUUUCAUGUCAACAACGGUCAGAGCCAGAGGGGGUUUCACGCUAACGGCAGCUGUUGCAGUAGCAAUACAUUCGGCUCGAGCACCGGCGGACCCAACAGCAGCACGUUUGAGAACAUGCAUCAUCUGCACCGCGGGGACGAUGCGGAGUGCAACGGGUCCCCGGCGAAGAGAUGCAGGCUACGGAGGAGGACGGAGUCGUUGAGGCGGAGCAGACCCCCCUUCCCCUGGUUCGGUAUGGACAUUGGUGGCACCUUGGUCAAGUUGGUGUACUUUGAGCCAGUCGAUAUAACUGCAGAGGAGGAACAGGAAGAAGUGGAAAACCUCAAGUCCAUCCGCCGCUACCUCACCUCAAAUGUGGCCUAUGGUAAAACCGGCGUCCGUGACGUCCACCUGGAGCUGAGGAACCUGACCAUGUGCGGCAGGACGGGGAACCUGCACUUCAUCCGCUUCCCAACGCAGGCCAUGCACCAUUUCAUCCAGAUGGGUCGCGACAAGAACUUCUCCAGUUUGCACACAACACUCUGCGCCACCGGAGGCGGGGCGUACAAGUUCGAGAAUGACUUCAGAACAAUGGCUGACCUGGAGCUGCUGAAGCUUGACGAGCUGGACUGCCUGAUCCGCGGCCUGCUGUUCGUGGACCGGGUGAGCUUCAAUGGACACCCAGAGGGCUACUACUUCCAGAACCCAUCAGACACCCAGAGCUGCGUGAAGAAGACCUGCACCCUGGACAACCCUUUCCCCAUGCUGCUGGUCAACAUUGGCUCUGGGGUCUCCAUACUGGCCGUGUACUCUGAGAACAACUACAAACGGGUGACUGGGACCAGUCUGGGAGGUGGUACAUUCCUGGGCCUUUGCUGUCUGCUGACGGGCUGCGAGACAUUCGAGGAGGCGUUGGAAAUGGCCAGCAAGGGCGACUCUACCAACGUGGACAAACUGGUGAAAGAUAUCUACGGAGGAGACUACGAGCGCUUUGGCCUGCAGGGCUCUGCUGUCGCAUCCAGUUUUGGCCACAUGAUGAGCAAAGAGAAGCGAGACAGCAUCAGCAAGGAAGACCUGGCCAGAGCCACACUGGUCACCAUCACUAACAACAUAGGAUCCAUAGCACGGAUGUGUGCUGUCAAUGAGAACAUCGAGCGUGUGGUCUUUGUUGGGAACUUCCUUCGUAUCAACACAGUGUCCACAAAACUGCUAGCCUAUGCCAUGGACUUCUGGUCUAAAGGACAACUAAGAGCCCUUUUCCUGGAACACGAGGGUUAUUUUGGAGCUGUCGGGGCGCUGAUGGAGCUGCUCAAGACAACAGAGGACCCCUAAAAGAAAUGAUCUUGUGACAUCAUCAACCCUCGACAAGACGAUGUCAUCCACCCCUGAAUGCUGUGAUGUCAUCUACUCACGAUGCUGUGACGUCAUCAACUUUUGAUGCUGCUGAAAGGUCCCGUUCACAGAGACCGCUAAAGGAACACUAAGAGAGACACAGAAACUGAGAAAAGCCAUUUUAAUAAUUUAACACUUGUAAAUAAUGAUAACCUCUAACUUUCAUCUCCUAAACUUCCCAAACAGAGUCCCCCUAUCAUAGAGGUUUUAAUAUUGUAAUCUUUAAUUUAUGGUUUCCUGUAAUCACUCUGUUGCUUCCUGUAAUCAGCCCUGUGUCAGGAAGCACAGAGACAGAGUAUUUUAGUGUUUUUUGUCACUGUGUAUUUGUGUGAAUAGCUACUGUAGCAUUAAGUCCUGGAGGCUGUGGUUUCACGGGCAACUAUUUGUGCAAGAAUAUUUUAAUGUGGGCUGUCUGCACAGAAAUUAAGUUACUCUUUUAAAGUAAUUGGGCAUUUUUACCUGCAGGGGCUCAAGAUUAUUUUUUUUUGUGACCACAGAAACAUAAUUUGACCAGCAAUGCCUCCUGCCGUCAGCUGUCAGUGUGCAGACAGUGGAUGCUGUAAAACCAUCAAGACCACAGAUAGUGGUCCCCCAGCUCCAAACUGCAGCUGCACAGCAGUCGUGGCAGCAGCUAAGGGUUGGGAGGCAAUUUGCACAAAAAGUUGCCCACAACAAUGCUACAGUCUUUUAAGGAGUGCACUGAAGCCAAAUCCUGUUGAGGUUCGUACGGCACCUGCCUCCUUCAGCCUAGAUGGAUAACCUAUAAACGGUCUUUGAUUCUUUGUGUUGCUCACUGACUGCACAUGGCCUUUGCUUUUUGUUUGUUUCUCCUCCAUCUGCCUACAUAUAAACAACAUUAACAACACCAUAUUGCCACACAUGCAUACCUAACCUGUUGAGUUUAGUGUUAGAUGAUGGGACCAAGACAUUGUCUUUCAACAGAUGGCGCUACAACUGUGUCCGCAUUGUUGAUUUCUGUUAACUAGCAUCACCACAACUACAGUUCAGGACCCAGUCGGCCUCAGUGACCUGUGUUUGUGAAAUACUUUGGGAUUUUUGUAAUCUCUGUAGGGAAUCAUCCUUUCUUUUCUCUUACCCUUCCCGGUCUGUCAACAUUACUUCAGGAGAGUGGAGGCCUGCCUUGUUUGGAUGUUGCAGUGUGAUUUAAUGAGGCGGCCAGGCUGAGCUAACGCAGGCUGCGAUUAAAAAUGCUCCAUGUGAAUCCUUGCAUAAAAAGGGUUCAGUAGUAGAUGCAGAUGCAGAAGAAUGGUGUCAUCUUUUGGAAGACAGUGGGGACCAAGAUGCUUUUAGCCAAGAGUUGCCCCUCAUGUAAAAUACACUAACGCAAAUUUGCCAGCAACAACAUUUUUACUGUAUAAUGGUGCAGAUAUUGUGCAGUAGUUGAUGCUUUAUUCUGAAAGUGCUGCUGGGUAGGUGCAGUUUUAUUCCCCCCACUUUGUACUCGAAAACAAUGAGAAAAAUGUUAUAGUAGUUGGCCAACAUUUCCCAGCUACAACUCCAAUUAUCACGUUUUUAUUCUUCUUAGACCCUUUCAGACUGAGCUUCAUUUCAACCAUGAAAACCUGGGGUAUUGAACACGCCCAGGUCCAGAUUGACUAACUUGUGUUUAAAGGGAAAUUUGCAGAACUGAUCAGAAUUAACCACACUUAUGCAAAAGAUAGACAUUUAAGCAAUUCUUUUUUUAAAUGUUGUAUUUACAAAAUACUAAUAGUUUAAAUUGUAGUGAAACUAUGGCCUGAAAUUCUAGGAUGGAAACCCUUCUUGCUUGCCUGACUUGCCUGUAAUACUGUUAUGUUAUUAUGCAUGACAAGAGGCUUUGUCAUCAGUGAACUUUCCAGUCAUCGUUAAUUAAUUAUAGAAUUAUUGCAUUAUAGCUGUUUUAGAGAAACAUGGUGUAGAGUUUCCUGUAAUGUUUCCUGUCCCAGCUGGGACCUUUACAGCCUUUUUUCUAUGUCUAUUGCCCAAGCAGUUGAACAGUAAAGCUGAGUGGUGCGGUCUCCACUGUCCACUGCUUUACAUAUUAAGUACCACUGUCUACAUGCCUUUACUCUCCAGCAGAAAAACUGUGCUCUUUCCCUUUUUGGAAUCAGUCUGUGUAAUUCACCUCCAUCUCUCAGUUUUUUGUACUCCACAUUAUUUGUUGUUAAAAUACCUCCAAGCAAACACUACCAACACUUUGUGGUGUGUUAGUUUUCUGUGUUUCUGAGCCUGAUGUACACAUGUACAAGGGUUUUUAUAUUUCACCUACAGUAAUAAUAACAAGGGUAAAAUCCUAAUCAGUAAUGUUAUGUAAGUAUUCUGGACGUCUCAUUGACAAAAUUGAGUGAUUGCAGUUAUCUCCUCUUCACCUUCUAACAUACCCGUGGACUACACUUGUUGACCCCAACAAAAAACAUGUUUGCUGCUAUUCAGUUCUAGACAAAGGGCGUUUGAUUAUAGGCUACGUAGUUCUUCGACAGUUGUUAUUUUAAGAUGAUGUUUUUAUCCACAGGAACUCACAAUACACUAACAUUUAAAAAGUUUUGCUGUUGAAGCAGUUGUGUUUGCAAAUUAUAGAUUGAACAGAAUCAAAAUAGAUGAGGGUCCUUUUUUGUGAUUUCUAAUUUUUAUUUUUUCCUUUUUAAUAAACUCAUUAGGUAACAAUACAUAAUAAUCACAUUUUUACAGAGUGGAUACCCUGCAGUUCAUACAAACUAAAAGUCCAAACUUAAUAUAUAUCUACCGUGGAUACUUUGAUUGUAAUAGGCAUUAUUAACUACCUAUUAGCUUCAAUAAUCCAAAUACCAACAUUUAUGCAAGUGUUAAGAGUAAAACUGUGGUGAAAUACUUUUGAAGUAGUAGUGUUUUAAAAGGAGCUUGGAGUAUUGCAACCAUUUCCUCUGGAAACAUUGAAUCAUCAGUGUGUUCGAUCCUGCUUGUUUUCAGCUGCUAUGACGCUGUAAAUGUUCUUUUUGGUUUGUUUUCUUAUUUUGCCUUGUUCCAACUCAUGUUUGGAUGAUAAUAGUGGCCUCAACCUGUCAGGUACCACUCAUCUUUAAAAUCAGGCUGGUGUUGGUUAUCUUGUGCCACCCCUUCUUCUCAUCUGAAAACCCCAAUCAGUUGCCUUCACUGUGUGUUAGCCUUGUUACACCAGUCUAUGCCCUUCAGUUUCCUGUGAUUUAAUUUCAAUUUCUUACCUGCUGUACUUCACCUCGAUGUGUUUGUAACGUUACGAGUGCAACCAUCUUUGGGUUUCACUCUUUCUUUCUGUGCUUGUUUUCUUUGCCAUUGUACAGUAACAGAAUAUUCAGUGCAGUUAACACACAUUCACAGUUUGAAUAUCAGAUUGUGGCAUUCACAACUCACCUGUUAGCCCCAAGUGUGUCUUAGUACAAGAGCAGCAUUAACUUGAACUGCAGUGGUUUUAAUAAUACAGUUUGAUCAUUUGAAAAGCCACAGCAUCCUUUAUGUAUCACUGAUCAUUAUUAAUUAAAUGAACUUGAAUUUUAGAUGUUUUGGGCAACUAUUUGGUUUGGGAACAUUUUUCAAAAGGUAUGUCCUAUUACUAUUUUUAUCCUUUGUUUUUGUCGCAAGUAGUAAGUAAUAGUGUGGGUUAAUGUGUUUUCCCCAUGUGAUUUGAAUAUACUGUUGUGAAGAAUUUCUUUUAAUGGUUUGAUUGUUUUUUUUUUGUUGGCACGAUAGAACCAGUGUGACUGUUUGCAGAAAUGUAAAAUCCCUGCUAUCAUGCUCUGUCAGGCUGAAGAAGCCAUAUCAAAAAUGUGAUUUAGAGCACUUGAGUUGUACCUUUGAAACCCAUACCACCACUGUCCUGCAGAGCCUUUUAUCUCAGAACAGGUCAACACCCAAGUAGAGUGAGCAUUUUAUUCUGUUUUAACAUUUUACGCUAUGCUGUUUAACAUGUGGCUCAGUCCGGGUGUUCGUUUUAAGAUAGAUGACAUGGGUUGGAAAGUUGAUCAUUUUAAACUGUACCUGGUAUGUUCGCAGUGACAGUGUAAUUGCAAGUUAUAACAUAAUUUUCAUACUCAACUAAUGUAAAACUGUUUCAAGCCAGAGUUACAGACUGUCAUGGCGAUCUCAUGAGUUCAAAUACUUGUAGUAUUUUUUGUACCUAACUAUUGUAGUAAUUUACUGCUGCAGCUUCAGUAUUUUGGAGAACAAAAAAAGGAAUAACACUUGUGAAAUUGAAAUUCUAUACAUAAACUGUUGUUUUCAGCAACAACACUCAUGAAACACAUUAUUUAAAGCAGUAUCACAUCUUGCACUGUAGUUGACAUUUUUGUGAGGUUUUGUCCUUUCCACACAUUUUCUGUGACUACAACACAGAUACGGUAUGAGGCAAGUAUUCAGUCAUUUGAGUAUAUUAGCUUUUAAGCCUAGAUUUUCUUCAUUCGUUAUCAUGAGUCAAAAAUGUGGGUGUUUAUUUGUUUGAUGACGGUCUGAGUUGUGAGUUUGGGUUUUCAACCUCAGUAACACUUUGUUUCGGGUUCAUUUCCCACUGGGACCACCUGUACUCAGAUCAGUAUGCGUUUCUCGGUACUGCAAGGAGCUUUGGCUUAAAGCGCCACGGAACGGCAAAUGCCAUGUCAUCCAUAGUGAAAAUCUAACCAACGGGCUAUGCAGUAACUCGUCCAUCAAUCCCUUGGUCCCUUUCAACAAACUCACCUUUUUUCUAAAGCUACAGAGUUAAUUUGACUUGUUUUGUAAAUGUAAAGAAAAAAAAAAAAAAAAUAUAUAUAUAUAUAUAUACAUACAUACACACCCUGUUAGUUUGCCCCAGUUAGAAAUCCUGUUUGAAUCUUGACGGAGAGAGUUUCUCCUCUUGAAGUUUCUGUCCUGCUGAUGUAGUUGUUAACACUAUUUAAGAUGGAUGCUCGCAACAGGAUGGUUUAGGCCGAAUUAUACGCCAAAAUGAGCGUACCAAGCAUAUUUUUUUCAGUGUGAUCUGUGUGACAUAAUCAUGCUUACCUUCAGCUAUUAUCCUAGUUUAGGAUAGAUAUUAAACCGUAAACACCUUGUUGCUGUCAAACCUCAUGUUGCAUACUAGUCACGGUGACAUAAUGUCCCUUGUGACCUUCUGGCCUGCUUUAUACCCCACUUUGCUAAAAACGUCAGGAUUUCCUCAGAGGUUGUUGAUCUGGUCAAACAUCCUGUUGUGUGAACACAUCCAGCCUUUACAAACUAUCUUCUGGAAUGCUUGACUAGCAGGACGCACCUUUUCACCCUUGUGUAUUUGAUUGUACAGAGAUUUUGUAAAUAAUAUUAACAUGAUAUAUUCUACACCAGCAAUCUGUCCGUUGGUUACGUUGUUUCAGCUGUUCAGGGCCUGGCUUCCCAAACAUGACUCAGCAAUUCAUUUACAAUCCCAAUGCAGACAGAAGAUGAAAUGAGACAAACUACUUUUCUCUGCAGUUUUACCAGAGCUGUGAUGAAUAGCAUUAGCAAAUCCUUUUAGGAGUCUGUUUUAACCUGCUUGUGGUAUAUGAUUGAUGAGAGUUUCCUCAUUAGGACUAGAUACAUGUCUAGAUGUUUAUCAGUGAUUGUCUAAAAUGAUUGGCAUACAAUGUGCAUGUGUUAAACCCACAAACGUUUUUCUUUUUUCUUUUUUUUUACAUUUAUUGUCACUUUAAAUAAAAUAUCCUCAAUUUUAUUCAGAUCCAUUUGACUUUGAAUAAAAGUAGCCAUGCUAAAUAAGUCAUACUUGAUUGUGAUUGAGAAGUGAAGGGGAAAUAUGGUAUGUUGAAUAAGUCUUUAACUGGCAUUGAUGCUCUUGAUGUCCACAGCCGGGAUGAUGAUUUUCUGCCUGCUAGAUUUCAGUGCAGCUCCUCUGUGACCUGGAUCUGGGUGUGAAAGUUUUGGGAAGCCAAGUGCUGGUUGUUGGUGUCAGUUCUGCUGCUGCUUUUAACUCCGGUUUGAAAACAGAAAGAAAGGGUUAGAAAAAAAGAAAUGAAAAAAAAAAAAAAAAUGGCUCCCUGCCUUGUGCAAUGCGUAUGUACUGAAGUGAAAAUAUUUCUUUUUUCUACAAAAGGAAUUAAACUAAAACUGGAUGA